UUCUCGGCCGCCGUUGCGCCGCUCUGCGCGGCAGGAAGAUGGCGGCGCAACAGCAGGACCGUGAGGGUGGUGCGCAGCUGGCUGGGCCCGCAGCGGAGGCCGACCCGCUGGGCCGCUUUACGUGUCCCGUGUGUUUAGAGGUGUACGAGAAGCCGGUGCAAGUGCCCUGCGGUCACGUCUUUUGCUCUGCAUGCCUGCAGGAAUGUCUGAAGCCGAAGAAGCCUGUCUGUGGGGUGUGUCGCAGCGCUCUGGCCCCUGGCGUCCGAGCUGCGGAGCUCGAGCGGCAGAUUGAGAGCACAGAGACUUCUUGCCAUGGCUGCCGUAAAAAUUUUUUACUAUCCAAGAUCCGGGCCCACGUGGCUACCUGUUCCAAAUACCAGAAUUACAUCAUGGAAGGUGUGAAGGCCACCACCAAGGAUGCCUCCCUUCAGCCAAGGAAUGUCCCAAACCGUUACACAUUUCCUUGCCCUUACUGUCCCGAGAAGAACUUUGAUCAAGAAGGACUAGUGGAACACUGCAAGUUAUCCCAUAGCACGGAUACCAAAUCUGUGGUUUGCCCGAUAUGUGCCUCAAUGCCCUGGGGGGACCCCAACUACCGCAGCGCCAACUUCAUAGAGCACAUCCAGCGCCGGCACCAGUUUUCUUACGACACUUUUGUGGAUUACGAUGUCGACGAAGAGGACAUGAUGAAUCAGGUGUUGCAGCGUUCCAUCAUCGAUCAGUGAGCAGUUCUGCUGUCCGUCUCCUGUUCCAGAGCUUCCAUUGUGUGUGAGGCGUGGAACAUGUGACUCAUACACCUUAAAUGUACAACGGACCUGGAAGUGAGCUGUGGUGUUAGCAUAGGGUCCCUUCUGACAGGAAAAGAGGUCUCCAGGUCAGAGCCGUCCUUUCCUUUGGGAUCUUCCCUCCUGUUCAUUCUGUCACGUGUCCGGUCUCUG